GAUAAUGCUCCAAUAGUUAUACCAAAACAAAGCGGGCGAGAAGCAUUGAUUUGAAAUCCGGAUCCAAUUGCCACUGCUAAUUCGAAUAAGUACUCCUACCACCUCGUUUCUGCCCUAGAAACCCGUUGCUAUUUGUCGAUCAGCCGCUGUGAAGGAGCAGGAGAGACGCCGGAAGGAGGAGGAUAGACGGAGGAAUCCAGCGUGAAGGGGUGGUGAAUAUGAGAAAUCAAGAACCAGCAGCAGGGAAAGUGCACGAACGAGAAGAAUCAAAAGAGGAAGGGGAAAGAAGGAAGAAGCCGAAGAAGGUUUUCAUCUAUGGGAACUACAAGAGCUACUACGGUUAUCGCAGCAUGGUUUAGAUUUUCUGUUUGGGAUUGUUAUGUAUGGGUCUAUGCUUGGAAUGAAAUAUGCCAUGGACCAUGGCAUGAUGACUCUUGCUACAAGUUGAUUGACCACAAUGCAAAGGAAGAUCCUAGAUUGAUUUUGUUUAAGAGAGAGUGGUUUGAAGGCAAGGAUUGCCUUGAUAUUGGCUGCAAUGAGGGUUUGAUAACUAUUAGCAUAGCAAAGAAGUUUUUUUGUCAAAGCAUUCUUGGAGUUGAUAUUGAUGCAGGUUUAGUUGAAACUGCAUAUUGGAACUUAAGGAGGCUAGCUCGAACGACAAAUGGUCAUAAUAAAUCCAAGGAUGCUUCUAGAACACAAGAUUCAAUAUAUGUAGACCAUUUGAUUAGUGAUGAUCCUUCAAAUGUGAAAUCAUCUGAUUUUGGGUCCCAUCUUCCUGUUGAAGAACUUUUCAAGAGAGUUUCUUUUCGUCGGGAAAAUUUUGUUGAGAGUUUGCAAGGAUGCACAGAGAAGUAUGAUACAAUUCUUUGUUUGAGUGUAACAAAAUGGGUUCAUCUGAACUGGGGUGAUGAUGGAUUGAUCACUUUGUUUGCUAAAAUCUGGCGACUUCUUCGUCAGGGUGGUAUGUUAAUAUUGGAAGCUCAACCUUGGUCUUCCUAUAAAAGAAAUCGAGGUGUAUCACAGACUGCAAAGUCAAACUUCAAUAGUAUAUGUUUAAGGCCUGAAGGAUUUCGGGAAAUACUUUUGGACAAGAUUGGAUUCAAGUCAGCAGAUAUAAUUACCGAUAGCUUAUCUGGUGCGGCUGUUGGAUUUGACCGACCUGUUGUAAUGUUCUGCAAAUGAUUGGUGAAGAAAAGAUAGCUUCUACGCUAUUCGAUCUGGAGCUAUAACUAUUAUUCCUAGUGGGAAAUGUAUUGAUUCGACAAUUUUGCAAGCGACUGACGACGCUAGAGCUGCUGUCGGAUAACUCUGAUAUGUGACGUACAUAUCCUGAUGAUACUUGAGGAGAUGCCAUUGAUGGAUCUUGUUUGUUGGACUAUUUGGCAAAUUUGCCGUGGCAACUCUUUUUUUUUUCGCUUUGCUGAUGAAAAAGAAAAAUUGGUGUUGCAAUCUAAAUAUCUGUGUAUCCGCGAAUACACGCACAAGUGUAAGUGCAUGUACAUAAGCCUUAAUGGUUAUUUUUUUUACAAUUUAAUCAAGGGAAAAUUUUACUUUA